AAAAAAAAAAAGCUUGGAAACCCGUGAAGCUUCAACUAGUCUAGAAUGGAGGUGUGGUACACCCAGACCAAGACCCAGAACUCAACACAACAAACAGCGCAGUGGUGAGGUGCAAUGUAAGGCAGGCACAGGCAGCCACCAGGACCUACUUGCUGCAAUGGCUUUCGUAUUACGUGGAUCAGCUCGUGCCCUUCAGGCGGCAGCGCACCAUAUUACACCAAUAUGAAUUGUGGCAGUCACACGCUAUUCCUCAUGGCUGGCAUCUGAAAUCAUCACAUACCAAGAAAUAAUAUACAUUAACACCUACCAAAAGAGGAAAUAGUGCCAAACUUCAAGAAUGUGAAGAUAAAAGCUGCCAUUUUGAAAGGAUCAAUGAGCAGUGUAGCAGCAGGAAAAUGGCAGAUUGUUGGAUCAGCAUGUAUCACUCGUCCACCAGUAGUGUGUCCCCCCAUGACACCCUUAGAGCAGCAGUACUCUGAGAUGAUUACUGCAAUAGAGGAAGAGAAUUCCCUGAAAAGUGACCAUGAAAUUAGAGCAGAGCAAGAUAGAAUCAAUUUGGAAAUUAUGAAGACUGGGGAGGCUGAUGAACUUGAUCUUGAGGAAGCUUCUAAACAAACUGCCAUAGAAUUUGAGGAUUCGUGUUUGGAAGAGCUCAAAUCUUUUAAAACUACUCAUCUUGAUAAAGUGAAUCCUGAAGUGAAGGAUGUGAAAAGCAUCAAUCGUGCCCUUGAAAGGUCUUUGGUUCUUGUGGUGAAGCAGAAGCUUGGUACCAGUGAGGAAUGGGUCUUUCCACAUACACCUUGGCAGCCUGGAGAGACACUUAGACAGACUUGUGAGCGAUUAGUUCAAGAGACAUGUGGAAAUGACCUGAAGGUGAAAUUUUUGGGCAAUGCCCCUUGUGGGUUUUAUAAGUACAAGUAUCCCAAAACAGUUCGCAAGGAAGGUUUCAUUGGGGCUAAGGUCUUCUUUUACAAAUGUCAAGUGAGGAACAAAGAUGGGCCCAUUACACCUGGAACAAACAUUGUUGAUCACCAGUGGCUAACACAGGAUGAAUUAGAUACCAGGUUCAAACAGUCUUAUGCCAAGUCCAUUUCAAAAUUUUUGGUUUCUGAUAGAUAGAAGACAGUUUAGUUUUUUAGCAUUUGUAACAUAUUUGCUUAAUUUAGCAAAUGCAGAAGUCUUGUAAAUAGUGCAGUCAGCCCAAAUAACUCAUAUGUUUAAGCCAAAAGUUAUUUUCAUCAACCACCUUUUUCUUAGGGAGACUGCCUUUAGUCUCAGCAGUGAAGCAAGAGUUGAAUCAGAGUGGAAGAACUGAUCUGGAAGAAUAGAAUCAAGCAUUUUGUCAAGGAACAGUUGAAGUACACCUUCAACUGUUCCUUGACAAAAUGCUUGAUUUGAAUGUGAUAUGAAAAUGUAUGUAUAGGCAGCAAAUUAUUAGUGUUAGCACCUUUGGCUUCAGAGAGUGGAAAACGGUAUCAGUGAUGAUACAAGUACCAAGUUUAAACUGUAUUUCAUGUAUUGUUUAUUUGCCUCUUUUAACUGUUUUAGUAGUGAAUCUUCUGUUUUCAUAAUACCCAAGAGCCAUCUCUUCAUAGUAACCAAUAGAAGAUGGCAAAGAAUGUUUUACACUAUCUUAAAAAAAAAAAACAUGACCCUCUACACCUCCAUUGCAUAAAAGCUGUCAUCCCU